AUGGGAAACGAAACGAAUCAGGGCCGGGUUGUUCGAAGCUGGGUUAAGAUAACCCAGGGUUAGUGCAAAUUUCGAACUCAGAUAUGAGAGCUUUAAAAAGCCAAUUCAGUUGAAUUCUCUUUGCCUACAAUUUGAUGAUUGGAUAUGCUAAAAGAAUAGAGAAAAUUAUCCGGAGAGACUGCUUUUGAUAUAAAGAAAAAGAAACCCGGGUUAAAAUUUAAGCCCGGGUUAGCGCUAACCGGCUUUCGAACAACUGGGCCCAGGACCCUAAAAUAAGUUCUCUCGACAAGGUAGCGAAAUGCAUGAUUCUGUCUAAACCGAGUCAGGGUUUGAAAGCUUUGGCGGGACUUCGGGAAAAGGGUUCCUGGUCUAAAUACGAUUUCCUUUCCCCUAUUUUUUCGAAAAUUGCAAAGAAGAACUUAGUAAUAAAAUGAUUGGUUUCAAGAGGGUCAAAAACGUGAAGAGCAAAAAACGUGUCUUCAUGAUCACGCAUCCAGUGCCGGAGGCAGCCCUGUCAUGUCAGUAUAUUGUGUUGGCCUAUGCAGAUGUUUCUUCACGUAAAUUAACUUGUAAUAGAGUGGAGAAGUGUGACGUCACGUUACCAUGGUAGCACUAUUUCUGGAUGACAACAAAACCAACGACGACUGCCACAGCAAGGAGAACGAAAAAAUAAUAUGUUUAUAUUAACAAACAACAACUUUGCACGUGCAUCACGCUAUUUUGUACACUUCUUUGCCGUCGUUGCACCACUACGACAUGAAACUUCCUAAUUUCACGAGCCCGCUUUAUGGAGUAGGUGAACACAACACAAAAAUUGUCGCUUUCUUUUUCUAAACUUAGAUAACGAUAGAUACGGUCCCAAAGAAAAUUUCGCCAAGAUUUGCCAAAUUAAAUGAAAUUGAAUAAGAUCGGUGAAGUUUGAAAUAGUGCGAAUGGACUUUUAAGUGACUUUAUCGGUUUGUUGUCAUCCAAACAUUUUGCUACCAUGGCAACGUGACGUAACGACUUCUCCUGUCUAUUCAAACGGAAACUCAAUGAUCCCUCUUAUUAUCUGCGCACCCCUAACGCUCACUCCUCAUUAGGCCUUCUAACCGCCUGGCCAAAAAAAUCCCCCCAAAAUUAAAUUUCGUUUUGUAAAAUCGUAAGAAAUAAAUGGUACUCUGCAAACGUUCUACUUAAUAGGUUUCAUUUGAAUACCAGCACCAUAGGAUUUCGCCCACAGACUCAUUGUUGUUCCGAGCCUCUUUUUCAAAGGGAGGCUAAGUGCAACAGGAAAGGUUUUACACUCAGUAGCCUCGUUUCUAAAGUGAAAGUUUAUGGAACUCGGCAAAAAUUACCUAUUGUUGACAAAAGUCUGGUCGCUACUGCCCAAGCUAGCCCGGAAGGGGGGGGGGGUACUCCUGGGAAUUCUUGGCGGGGUUGUGCCUGACCCUAUUUCAGACCAAAAAAUGUCAUUUUCCAUACCUGUUUUCAGACCAGACCUCUAAAAUCCAUACCCGUUUUCCGACCUUGCCUUUAGGCAGAAAUUAUGUCAUCAUUACUUAGAUUAGAGCGCAAACAAAAAAUUUCUUCAAACGCAUUUCGAAUUCACAUAUUUCUAUUCAGUCGUUCUUCAAUUCAUUUGGGAUUGAAAAGACAAGUAUGUUCUUACACUCCCGUAGUUUCCUCGAAAACUAUACCCGAUUCCAGACCAAAAUGGGAAAGUCUAUACCCGUAUUCAGACCAUGUAUUCGGUCGCUAGGGAAAAACAGCCAUCCUAUGUGCUAAUUUGAUAACAUACGUAUUUCUGCAUAAAAAGUAGCGCUAAAGAAAAUUCUGCACCGUUGUUAAUUUAGUUGAAGACGCGUAUGUAUUCAAUUUUUUUCAGGCUUUCUUUUUCGCAUCUAAGUUGCGUUCAUAACAGCGAUGAUUUUUCACUUAUGGAAAUUAAUGUUUUCUUUAAUUAAAACUUACUUUGACUGAAAGAUUUUCCCCACACCAACAAACAACUAUGAUCGUAGGCUACCUAUAACAUCUUUUUUUCUUGUCUGCAUGAUAAAAUUUACUGAAUAAUUGAUAGUGUACUCAGCCAUCUGUUUUCAUUACACAUCUUCCUUGUUAACAGUGACAGAACAGAUUACUUUUACUCAAAUAACAAAUACACUGAGUGAGAGCCUUUGAAGUUAAGUAGACCGAAGUAAUUGACACGGAAUAUGAAAUUCUACUACAUGCUUUUUUGCGUCAUAAUCUUGUAUAAAAGCAUGGCCACGUUUGUAAGAAGUCAUUCUUGUAAUGAAGGUAUGUUUUAGAACCUUUUUUCUAAUGCUCUUGAAACGCUAACAGUUAGCCAAAUUUUGCAGCAAUUUAACAGAGGAGGGAUAUUUUGCGCAUUUAACAGAAUUGCGGUUUAGUUGAUAAAAUUCCCCCGUGCUGCAGUUUUCGAAUUAAAUACAACCAUUAUUUCUCCACUCUGUUCCAUGUUUUUGUUUUUUUCGAUUUGAUAUAUUCUUUUUCGUAGUGAGUUCAGCCCUCUAAGUUACUAAAAUGCAAGCUCUUUGACAGAAACUUAAGGAAAUCCAAGUCAAUUGUUUUCCCAUUAAUUUUAUACCGUAAGCUUUUUUAAAAACAUUGUGACAUAUCUGAGUGCUUAAAAGUCGCUUGACAUUAAGUAUUAUACGGGACUUAAGACGCUUCGUUAAUUAACCAAUGCUGCGUUUAGAAGGUUAGAAGCUGCAGCUGCUAACAGCUAGAUCUCCAAGGUCUUGUGUUUUACUUUGAGUAUCACCACCAACUGGGGACUCAGCUGGACUUCUUUUGAAACAAGUCAAAUGCGACUCCAUGGUGGAGAGUGUUUAAUUUAGUCUUGACUGUCACGUCCUGUGAAUUUUUUAAUGAAGGGAAGUUGACCUCCAACAGUGCAAUAUUUACCUAGAUUCAUGGCAUUUAGAUUUAGACUGUGUUUGAAUUAUUUACGCUGACUGUUUCUGAAUUAUUUACGCUGAUGUUAUCGCAUUAAUUAUAGAUGGUAAGACGUUUCACAUAGUUAUAUGUUAAUUUUACAUAAUAUAGCUUUAGGUUAUCAGGAACAGGCUUGAUUCGUACUUGACAGAGGCAAAAUAUGAUGAACAAAAAUAAUCAGAAUUUUCAUCGAUAGGCUGUUACAGGUGGAGAGGCAUGGAUGAGGGGAGGGGAGGGUGGGGUAGUGAGUGUUUGAGGUGGAGAAGUGGGGGGAACCUGUGUACAUACCCCCCUCCCCUCAGGAAAAAUGAGUGUCGUUGUCAAUGUGAUGAUUUUCAGAUUACCUGCUAUGUACUAGCGACAGGCCAUAAAACCAAUCAAAAUCCCUCAUUUACAUGAUGCAGUGAUAGAUCAUUCUCUCUUGUCUACGAGUAACAGCUAAUCAAAUUAUUUUCCACACAUUUCGAGAAAAAUCACGUGGUCUUCAUACACGAUUAGCAACGGUGAAUCACAGACCCCCCUUCUCUGAGUUUUCCUGACGGAAGUGGGGCGGGGGUCUGUACACGGGCUGAGGUGGGAGUUUUUCAUUUCAGCGUCAGAAUUUUAACAUUCUGCGGAGCUUAACUAGAGACUAUUGUUGUUGGGCCAUCGUAGUUUGAUCAAAAAUAAAACACAAACAGCGGUGAUAAACAUUGUGAGUUUUCGCAUUUUUUAUAAACUUGACGUUUCGUAUGCUAUUCAAAAUACAUUUUCAAAAUUGAUCUUAAGUGACCGUUGAAGAGAGAAUGCUAACCGCUGAACAAUAUACGGAAUCCUUAAUUUAAAUUUGAAUAGGAAACCCAAAUGAACUCUAUUACAAGUGUUAGAAAUAUAGUUCUGCUAUUUUCUUUCUUAAGGUCCUUGUCGCGAAUUGGCGUUCCCAAGUUUUCUUUUUUUUGCCGACAAGCGCCUGAUGAACCACACCAUAAAAACUUUAAAAGUUCGCCAUCUGGAUGAGUGUGAGUUGAGGUGUUACUACGAGCACAAUUGUGUCAGCCUUAAUUUUGAAAACAAAAUGGUUGGAAAUGGAAAAUACAGCUGUGAAUUGAACAAUUCUACACACGGAGAACACGAUGAAGACUUUGUGGAGGCAUCAAAUUUCCUUUAUCGUGGAACAAACGUAAGAUCAUUAAAUUCUAACGUUAUCCAGCUACAGUCUCCGAGCCUAUUAAUACCAUAACCCAACGCCUCGUCCAAAGGGAAACGGCUGGAGCUCACUCUUUUGGGCUUGACUGAGUUACAAUAUUUUGCAAAGAUCAAAAAGUAAGGAGAUAGUUUCUGUUUGUGAUAACUGCACGGGAUGAUGUGAAUAUUAUGGAAUUUGACGCGCUGAGGGCCAGGUACGUCAUUUAUGAUGGCAGCCGAGUUGGCCGUCAUAUUGGAUGUCAUUGAAAAUUCAGAUUUAUCGCAAUGGACUAAACGCAAACCAUCUUUCUUUUGAACCCUCCCCCCCCCCCGACUAAAUCUGACACCUACACUAGGUCUCUUCCUUUCGCCAGCCAUUCUCAUUUACUCUCUGAAACGCAAGUUUUUCUCCCUAGACAGUUUUGUUUCAACUGUAGCCGUUUUUCAGAAAUUUCACUUUAUUAUUAUUUUAAGAUCGAAAAUUUUUGUUAUUACCUCUUAAACUGCAAGUGCCUCCCAAAAGAAAGAGUUUUUUGCUACUUAAAUAACAUGAACAAUUCAAUUUAACUUGUUAAACACCUUACAACAACGCGCCCUUAUGUAUGUAAGACGGGCUAAUCCCUAAACCCGACGCUUAGAGUUGGGCUCGGACUGACAAUCUUUACUCAUUUUCCUUGAAUCAUGAUAAGGCGGACACCUCUAGCAAAGGUUUAGAAAGGCUCAGAAGCAUAAAGCAAUAUCUCUUUUCCAUAAUAUUUUCCCCAGAAUCCUUGUGGUAGUUCUCCAUGCAAAAAUAACGGGACUUGUCAAUCAGGAUUUACCAAGAAAGGAUAUCACUGCUUGUGUCGUCGAGGCUGGACAGGUGCAAACUGCCAAAUGGGUAGGUCUGAAAAAUGGACUUAAUGGACGUAGUAGUUAUGAAACCACGCAAGCUGUACCGCACUUAAAAGGAAGAAACCACAUGUGAGAACAUUAAUUUGAAAAAAAGUAUAUAAUCCGCUGUAAUAUUAGCCCUGCCAUGGUCGACAAAACCAUCACAAGCACAUCAAGCGCAGGGCCUUCCAGACGGAAGCAGCGUUUUCAGGAGCUUGUGCAUUGAUGAAAGAGUUUUCCUUUCACUUUGGAGUGGAUUCAGGAUUUGCGGCACGUUUCUCUUUACUUUCACCUUCGUUUAGCCUAAAAUUCUCGAUCUGAGUUAUAAUUUGAAGUUGAGUUAAUUUUCGGUGGACUGUCGACCUGUCGUGUAAACGAGACAGUUCCACUGUCCAGUCAUCGUUUUCUUUGCAAAGUAACUGAAUGAGUCUUCUAAUAACUAUCUUCACCGUGAUGAAAACAGUCACGAGUGUAGCCAGAACGCAGAUUGUACAAACACAAAGGGAUCUUACAGAUGCAACUGCAAGACUGGAUUCUAUGGAGAUGGAUACAACUGCACGGGUAUCCCAGUGUUUACUUGGGUCCUUAGUUGUUGUAAACAGUUCAGAAAAGAUCUAACCAUCAAUAAACUGCAAAAGAUCAUCCUCUUAAGAGCGGCACGUAUACUAAGAAGAUUUCUGUCCAUCCAGUAAAAUAUCCCUCUAGCAACUCAGGACCAAGGAAUGGGCCAGUUUCUAACAGACUACAAGGAACAACAACAAUAAUAAUAAUAAUAAUAAUAAUAAUAAUAAUAAUAAUAAUAAUAAUAAUAAUAAUAAUAAUAAUAAUAAUAAUAAUUAAUUAAUUAAUUAAUUAAAGAGCCAGUAUCCAGAAGAAAAGGUAGAAGAGUGGAUUUUAAAUCCAGCGUGCUGAUGGAAGUGGAAAGCUCAGUUAUAAGCGAGGUAUUAUUUCUCUGGCCAAGAAGACGAAAAGGGGAGCUUGUAGCAGAAAUAUUAUGCUAGUAUACCAUUGAUCUAUUUGCAUAGGAAAGAGAGGGAGAGAAGACUUAAAAGAAAGGGUGGCUUAUUCACUGUCUUCCGCUUUAUAAAGAAUAUAAACGCAAGUGAGAUGUAAGUAGUUAAUUCACACUAUUACAACACUAUUCUAGAUAUCAACGAAUGUCAAGAAGAACUGAGAUGUGGAAAGAACGCAGCUUGCACGAACAAUGAAGGAUCUUUCAGAUGCACCUGCAAUAUUGGUUACUAUGGAGACGGAUACAUCUGCACAGGUAUACCACUGUUAGAGCAAACUUCCCAAGACUGAAAGCAGUUGCAGGCGAGGGUAAAAGACAUCACUGAUUUUCUGAUCACCAUCAGAAAAACAGCCUGAAGUAUGAUGAUGUUUACCGGUUUGAGGUUGCCAAUAGUUCCUGGUAAAGAAAAAAAAAACGGCCAUGCAAUAAAGUGUUAACAAUAACUGAUGCGCUAGAUGGAGAAUUUUUCUUCUUUAGCUUUUGUAAAAAAAACCCACUGCACUGAACACCAACGAAUCUUCUAAAGUCUGAGGCAUUGGCUGCUUUGACAGUUAUGAUCGUUAAUCACGUAAAUCGUAAACUUUUAAACAAAACAUCAUAUGAGAAAGGACUGGUUUGUUUUUUAGGGGAGUUAAGGAAAACUCUUUAACAACUGCCUCUGGCAACAUAGUGUCUCAUCGCUAGCAGAAACGUUGAUCAGUCUGAUAUUUUUCUGACGAGGUAAAAACUGGUUUGGCUGCUCUUCUGAUUUAAUUCUUCUCGAUCUUAAUAAUAAUUAUGCUUAAUAAUAAUUUCGCUAUUAAAUUGUCUCCUAUGGCUUCUCUUUUAACACGAACAAAUUGAUUAUCUCACUGUCACAGUCAUCUCACUCUCUGAUCUUAAAUAUCUUUUGUUCUCAAACUAGAGUGUUACACAAUAUUUGACUUCGAAGACCAUGAUUUGUCAAAUUGGACUUUGAAUGGUACAGCAUUCAAUAAUCAGCCAACAUACGGGAAUAACACAUUAGCAAGGGGGUUUGAGUAUGGAAGCAACUACAAAGGGGAUUGGUGGAUUGGUACCUACGAGAAUCGGUCCAGUCCCUCUGAACCGUUUGGGGGACAGCAAGGUGAUGGUCCUCAAGGCUCAAUGACGUCACCCAGUUUUCAGAUUACUGGAAAGUUGCUUACCUUCCUGAUUGGAUCAGGCUGCGACAAGAGUUUUCCAAACCUUCGUGCCGAGCUUAUUAUUGGUGGGGAAGUGGUUCGCAAUAAGACGACAAAGGCGUGUGAUGAAGCUAUGAAAGAGGAAAGCUGGAAUGUAACAGAUUACGCUGGUAAAAAUGCCCAGUUGCGUUUGGUUGACAAUUCCUCAGGGGACUGGGGUCACAUCAAUUUUGAUCACUUACAAGCUUGCCAUAAACUCAUUUCAGAUAUGGAUUCUUGA